GCGUGUGUCAACCACACUCUUCAUCUUCUUCUUCAUUCAUUAUUUUCUAUAUAUUUCUUAUUACUCUUUUCCAUUUUCAUGGCAUCAAAUCAGGCUUCCCUCAAUCACACCAACAAACAAGUCUUUCAUAGCAACAACAACAAUGACCUUGAGCAACAAGCAACAACAACACCACUUGAGAUCAUUGAAACCAAGAAGGAGGAAGAAGAAGAAGAAGAAGAUUUCUUUGACUACUCAAGAAGAUCUCAAUGGCUACGUGCUGCUGUUCUUGGAGCCAAUGAUGGGUUGGUCUCAACAGCAUCACUAAUGAUGGGUGUUGGAGCAGUGAAACAAGACAUCAAAGCCAUGAUCCUCACCGGUUUUGCAGGCUUAGUUGCCGGCGCUUGCAGCAUGGCCAUAGGUGAGUUUGUGUCUGUCUACUCGCAACUCGACGUUGAACUCGCUCAAAUGAAGAGGGACAAAGAAAGAGGAAACAACAACAACAACAAUUCUGAAGAAGAAGAAGAAGAAGAAGAAAGAUUGCCAAACCCUUUACAAGCAGCAGCAGCAUCAGCUUUGGCAUUUUCUAUUGGUGCAAUGGUGCCAUUGCUUUCUGCUUCUUUCAUAAGAGAAUAUAAGGUGAGGCUUGGUGUGGUUGUGGCUGCUGUAACCUUUGCUUUGGUUCUGUUUGGUUGGUUAGGUGCUGUUCUUGGUAAGGUUCCUGUUUUUAGGUCUUCUUUAAGGGUUCUUCUUGGUGGUUGGAUGGCCAUGGCUAUUACUUUUGCUCUUACCAAGUUGAUAGGAUCAAGUGCUCUUUAAUUAUUACUUUGUCAUAUUAUGUUAAUUAUUCUAUAAACACCCUUUGUUAUUUACUACCUAUUUGAUAUAUAUGUUAUUUUCAAAUUUUAAGAUAUUCUUAAAUCAACAAUGUAUUAAAGGAAGGCACUCAUGCAUUUCCUUGUCUUUUUACUAGAAAUGAUUAGAUGAGAGCAUAUAAGUUGAAGAAAAUUAAAGUUGUCUUGUUACUUAGCAUAAAAUGAGGGUAAGGCUUUGUAGUGUUUCAAAGCCUUUUGUAAUUGGUAAAGACUCAGGUGCAGUCCACUUCACGUGAAGUUGAUAGUUGAGAGGUGUUAGAUGAAAAUUUAGUCAAAUCAAUCAAAUCAUCUAACAACUCUCGAUUAUCAACUUCACGUAAAUUCGACUGUACUUGAGUUUCCCCUUUAUAAUUUGUAUACAAGAAGUGCUUCUUUUCAUGUAUGAUAA